AGUAGACCGAAGAUCAGAUGAUAAGGGUGGAAACUGUAGAUGAUGGGGGUAUGUGUGUGAAGUAGAAGCAAAUGUGGUAGAUGUUUGAACUCCUGGAGCAGUUGUUAGGGGGUGGGAUGUGUUUCCUGCCCCCUUACCAUGAAUCCAGGCUGUUGCUCUGUGGCUAUCCUCCACCCAGGUUUUCUAAGCACACUUGUGUGUGUGCUGGGGGGGAGAUAAGGCAAAAUGACAGCUGUGCGAGACCAUGAUUUUUCACUCCAUUAUCCUGCUUCCAGCUUCCACCCCCUCGCCCCGGAGCAUUUUUUAGAUUCCCCUCUGGAGCCUGUUGCUUAAUCAGCUAGAAGGGCUGUUGCCUCUUUGUGUGAGAAGCCCUUCUUAACCUGGCUCCUGCCUGUCCCAGAAGGGUGGGACCAAAUUUAGGCAUGGAACUGCGGUGUUUUAGAGCAGUAAGUGCUGUGCCCUGGUGUGGAGGAGACCCCACCGGGACCUGUUGCCCUGCCUCUGUGGCUUGCUUGGCUGUGCUUGCCCCGGCUGGGAGUUGAACUCGAGUGGAAGUGCUCAGGGUUUGCAGGCCUGGGCAAACACGGCCAUGAAGGAAGGAGGUUCAAGAGCUGUCUUCCUGGCAGUGGUGUGACGGGUUCCCAGGGACACAGACCUUUGAUCGUUUAUUGGAGUAGGAGUGUAAGCAAGUCAGAUGUAUGUUAAUGUGGUUAUACAGAACAGCAGGCAGCGGAUAAAAAUCAUGUCUGUUUGCUGUGCCCUCACCCAGGUACGCCUGCCUCCUGGUUUGGUUCCCAAGGCUCUGCCUACAUUCCUUGUAGUAAGAAAGUCAGAAAUAGCCACAGGGUUUUGUAGACUUGAGAUGCACAGAAACCCACAUGCAUAAGUAAAUACUAGGUGAGGGGACUCCACCUCCGAGUGUUUUGUGUGUGGUUUCUGGUGACUGGAGCUCUGCUUUCAGGGUUCACAAUGUCCCCUGAAUACCUUGAUAGGAUUAUUUCCCUGUAUGUCUCUGCAGCCCGUCCAUUCCUCUUUCUGUAAUCCCAUCUCCUGGGGCAGGAGAAGCAGCUCUAGGUUUAUUGUAUGCCCAGAGUCCUGUAGCUGGGAUUAUUUUUUUUGUGCUUGUGUCUCACAAGGCCAUUCCUCCUGUCUUUCCUUCGGUGAUGCUUCUUUCCUACUGAGCUCCAGCAAGGGAAAGUUCCUCUCACCUACUUGUGAAAACAUGAAUCAUUCCUCACCUUUCCUGUCCCCAACAGGCUCUGUGUCUGCAUUUUGUACGCUAAUAAUGUGGCAUUGCAUAAAUUAGGAUUGUGGCAAAACCCUCUAAAAGGAGACACGUUGGCUGUCUCAGGAAGAGCUGCAGUUACUAGAAUUAAGUUGGUGGCCAUGGAACGGGUGAGGGAAAUGGGGCUGUUGAAGGGGGAGCUGCUGGAACUGUGUUUGGCCAAGAUGUUUGCAGCAGAAGUUGAGGUUGGCAGGGAGAACAAACUCUGUGGCUGUGUUCCUUCAAUCGAGUUGGUUUUCUGUGGAAGCACGACUGAACCAUGGAGCUUCGAGUGGGGAACAAAUACCGUCUGGGCAGAAAGAUUGGCAGCGGUUCAUUUGGAGACAUUUACCUAGGAGCCAAUAUUGCGACUGGUGAAGAGGUGGCCAUCAAACUGGAAUGUGUCAAAACCAAGCACCCCCAGCUCCACAUUGAAAGCAAGUUCUACAAGAUGAUGCAGGGAGGAGUGGGUAUCCCCUCCAUUAAGUGGUGUGGAGCAGAGGGGGACUAUAAUGUGAUGGUGAUGGAGCUCUUGGGGCCCAGCCUGGAAGAUCUCUUCAACUUCUGUUCCCGCAAAUUUAGUCUCAAGACAGUUCUGCUCCUGGCAGACCAGAUGAUCAGCCGUAUUGAGUACAUUCAUUCCAAGAACUUCAUUCAUCGGGAUGUAAAGCCAGACAACUUCCUUAUGGGCCUCGGCAAAAAAGGCAACCUAGUAUACAUCAUUGAUUUUGGUUUGGCCAAGAAGUACCGAGACGCCCGGACCCACCAGCACAUCCCUUACCGGGAAAACAAGAAUCUGACUGGCACAGCCCGUUACGCCUCUAUCAACACCCACCUGGGAAUUGAACAAAGUCGCCGUGAUGACCUGGAGAGCCUGGGCUAUGUGCUCAUGUAUUUCAACCUGGGUUCGCUGCCCUGGCAGGGCCUUAAGGCUGCCACCAAGCGCCAAAAGUACGAGAGGAUCAGCGAGAAAAAGAUGUCAACGCCCAUUGAGGUGCUCUGCAAAGGGUACCCUUCUGAGUUCUCGACAUACCUCAACUUCUGCCGUUCACUGAGGUUUGAUGAUAAACCUGACUACUCAUACCUACGGCAGCUCUUCCGCAACCUCUUCCACCGCCAAGGCUUCUCCUACGACUACGUCUUUGACUGGAACAUGCUUAAAUUUGGAGCAGCCCGGAACCCUGAGGAUAUGGAUCGGGAGCGGCGAGAGCAUGAGCGAGAAGAGAGGAUGGGGCAACUCCGGGGGUCAGCCACGCGAGCGCUGCCCCCUGGCCCGCCUGCUGGAGCCACUGCCAACCGUCUUCGCAAUGUCACUGAGCCCAUGGCCUCCACCCCCACCUCCCGAAUCCAACAGUCCGGAAACACGUCCCCCAGAGCAAUCUCAAGAGUGGACAGGGAGCGGAAGGUCAGCAUGAGGUUACACCGAGGAGCUCCUGCCAAUGUCUCCUCAUCUGACCUCACAGGGCGGCAAGAAGUGUCACGGAUUUCAGCAUCACAGACAAGUGUGCCAUUUGAUCACCUUGGGAAGUGAGGAGCAAUUGCCACUGGACCAGUGUUUGCUUAGUGUCUUCACUGUAUUUUUCUUUUAAAAAACAAAAAACCCAAAAAACAAACAAAAAACUAAAAAAGACAAAAAACCAACAAAAAAACCUGACAAUUUCUUUUUGCCAACGACGAGGAGUCAAGCUGUGCCCCCACGCUGGUGUGAGCCGUUUCAGAGAGGGCUGCCUGUGUCCCCCAACGUGAGCACCUCCAAGCAGUUGACGACGUGGGAGCCGUGUGAGAACACCUCCGCUGCCCCCAGCCCCACCCUGGCCCUACUGCUGCCUGCACCGGUCACCCCCACUUCCUUCUCCUGACUCUGCUCCUGGUUUUGUUUUUUUUCUCUCUUCCCCCCCACCUUCUUCUGGGUUCUCUUCUCCUGCUUUGUUUUUUUAUUAUUACUUUCAAAUCAUGUGGUUUCUAGCCAUAUAAAUUUUGACUUUGCCCUCCUUUUCUUCUGAGGGCAGGGUAGGGUGGUGGGGAAAUUUUUUUUUAUUAUUAUUUUUAUUUUUUAUUUGUUUUUUUCAGGAGCCUUGUGGGCCAGGAGGGAAUCAGAUUCCAGCCAUGCUUGAUGGUAGAAGUCUGAUUUUUAUUACUAUAACAGAAUUUAUUUUCUCAAGCAUUAAAUGAAUUUUAAGCUGUGAGGGGAAUUGUGGCAACAGUCUAAUCAUUGACUUGGGCUUCCUUUUCUUGGGUGGCUUCUCUGUGGGUUUUUUUUGCCUGUUGGGAGAAGUGCCAGACUUCCAUGAUCUGCGUGGCCCUCAUAAGCCAAGGGACCUCUAUGGAGAGGUACCUGCGCCCAAUGGAGGGUGGGAAGGCUGGAGCUGAAAUACGGGGAGAAAUACACUUCCCAUUCCUGCAGCGGGGUCUUUUUUUUUCGUCUGGCUGUGCGUGUUUUUCUAUUUUUUAUUUUUUUAAUUAAAACUUGUUUUAAUUCCUGCGGAGAGAGUGUGGGACUUGAGGAGAAGAGAGGGGUGCACAGAAACUGGAGUUUGGUGUUCUUUCAGAGCCAUGGCUCUUGCUCUCUCCUUCCCUCAUGUAACCUCAAGUAAGAUCCACCGUACAUGCACAAUCCCUUCCUGCCCUCUCCCACCCAUCUCCCCCCCUCCCCCCCCCUUAGUUGUUUUUACAUAUAAUUUAGGAAUACUCAAGCUGCUUUGUGGCACUUGGGGCUUUGAAACACAAUGAUUACCACUGCGACCUAUGGCCUGUAGCAGACACACUGUCACUGUAGUGUGGAGCCGAUGGGUUGUUGGCAGGGUGGGGAGGGUGGGGUUAGUCUUUGUUUUGUUUGUUUUUAUCCUUUCUAUUUAACACGUUAUUUUUCCUCCCUAUUUUUUUCCUAAUUUAUUUACCCCUCUUACUGUCUCUCUUUUUUUUAAUUAAAGAGCAAAACUUUUUAUUACUUUGUAAUUUAAAAAAAACAAAAAAAAACCUGAAGAACUUUGGGGGGGAUUUUGUACUUUUUUCCUGUGUAAAUAUUGGACUUUUUUGAGCUUUAUCGUGGUUGUUAAUUUGAAGUAAUAAAGUAGAAAAUGAUAAAGUGA